AUGGGCAAGAAGAACAAGGAACAGGAGCCUGCUGCGAAGCUGAACAGUGUCACGAAUAGAGACAUCAUCCAACGAAUCAACUUCCUCUACCAGGCCAGCACCUAUCUCAGCACUAUCUCCCAGCCGCCCGACGGCACUGUCCAGUUGCAGCGUAAUGACAGCACGCACGGGAAGCGGAAGAAAAAUACGAUAAGACAUCCGAAGAGCACAGCAGAACUGUCGAGAUGCUAUGUGGGCUCUAUGCGCAUCGUCGGCCAGAAGGCUAUCGUCCGAAUGGAUCCGUCAUUGAAGCGGACUCUCUGCAAGCAGUGUGACACUGUGCUGCUUCCAGGCGCGACUGCGUCCGUCCGUGUCAAGCCAUCGGGCAGCCAUGGACAGGUCGUCACAUACACCUGCCUCUCUUGCAGUACCAGCCGUCGCAUACCUGCGCCCCCGGUCCUGGACCUGGACGCCUCAACGGCCGAGCCGUUCGCCCCAUCUACCCCGGUGGACCGCGCACCUUCGUCCUCGGCUCCUGGUCCUCUUGCCGAGGCACUGUCAGACAUCAUGGACGUUUAUGCUCCCUCACAAGAAGCAUCAGUCAGGAAAAGAGGGAGGCCGCGCAACCAUCGUCGGAGACCUGUCCCCCGCAUCCCACCGCUCUUCGAGAGGCCAGGUCACGUGGUAUUCCGAGGAAAUGAGGUGCUCCCCUCCCAACAUAUUAAUGGAUCCAUGGUAGAAUAG